AUGUUGGAUAACUAUUUCAUCUUCACCAACGCGACUGUCCUGAAGGUCCAAGGUAAUAUUUUCAAUAAAUUGUCUGCUAUGACACCAAAUGCACAAACAUUUAUCCUAGGUAUCAGAUAUAUUUUUGACAAAAUGUUGGAGAUACAAUACUAUCGUACUGCAGUUUGAAUAACAGUAGAAAAUGUAACUUACCUAAUCGUCCAAAAGGUCACAAAGCUUAUGACAAGGACCCUACAGAGCACCAUGAAGAAGGUAUGUUCAUUCUGUAAUUUUAAGAGAGAAUCUUUCAGAAAUGAAUAAAUACAGUGGGGAGAACAAGUAUUUGAUACACUGCCAAUUUUGCAGCUUUUCCUACUUACAAAGCAUGUAGAGGUCUGUCAUUUUUAUCAUAGGUACACAUCAACUGUGAGAGACGGAAUCUAAAACAAAAAUCCAGAUAAUCACAUUGUAUGAUUUUUAAGUAAUUAAUUUGCAUUUUAUUGCAUGACAUAAGUAUUUGAUACAUCAGAAAGCAGAACUUAAUAUUUGGUUUGCAAUUACAGAGAUCAUACGUUUCCUGUAGGUCUUGACCAGGUUUGCACACACUGCAGCAGGGAUUUUGGCCCACUCCUCCAUACAGACCUUCUCCAGAUCCUUCAGGUUUCGGGGCUGUCGCUGGGCAAUACGGACUUUCAGCUCCCUCCAAAGAUUUUCUAUUGGGUUCAGGUCUGGAGACUGGCUAGGCCACUCCAGGACCUUGAGAUGCUUCUUACAGAGCCACUCCUUAGUUGCCCUGGCUGUGUGUUUCGGGUCGUUGUCAUGCUGGAAGACCCAACCACGACCCAUCUUCAAUGUUCUUACUGAGGGAAGGAGGUUGUUGGCCAAGAUCUCGCGAUACAUGGCCCCAUCCAUCCGCACCUCAAUACGGUGCAGUCGUCCUGUCCCCUUUGCAAAAAAGCAUCCCCAAAGAAUGAUGUUUCCACCUCCAUGCUUCACGGUUGGGAUGGUGUUCUUGGGGUUGUACUCAUCCUUCUUCUUCCUCCAAACACGGCGAGUGGAGUUUAGACCAAAAAGCUAUAUUUUUGUCUCAUCGGACCACAUGACCUUCUCCCAUUCCUCCUCUGGAUCAUCCAGAUGGUCAUUGGCAAACGUCAGACGGGCCUGGACAUGCGCUGGCUUGAGCAGGGGGACCUUGCGUGCGCUGCAGGAUUUUAAUCCAUGAUGGCGUAUUAUGUUACUAAUGGUUUUCUUUGAGACUGUGGUCCCAGCUCUCUUCAGGUCAUUGACCAGGUCCUGCCGUGUAGUUCUGGGCUGAUCCCUCACCUUCCUCAUGAUCAUUGAUGCCCCACGAGGUGAGAUCAGCAUGGAGCCCCAGACCGAGGGUGAUUGACCGUCAUCUUGAACUUCUUCCAUUUUCUAAUAAUUGCGCCAACAGUUGUUGCCUUCUCACCAAGCUGCUUGCCUAUUGUCCUGUAGCCCGUCCCAGCCUUGUGCAGGUCUACAAUUUUAUCCCUGAUGUCCUUACACAGCUCUCUGGUCUUGGCCAUUGUGGAGAGGUUGGAGUCUGUUUGAUUGAGUGUGUGGACAUGUGUCUUUUAUAAAGGUAACGAGUUCAAACAGGUGCAGUUAAUACAGGUAAUGAGUGGAGAACAGGAGGGCUUCUUAAAGAAAAACUAACAGGUCUGUGAGAGCCGGAAUUCUUACUGGUUGAUAGGUGAUCAAAUACUUAUGUCAUGCAAUAAAAUGCAAAUUAAUUACUUAAAAAUCAUACAAUGUGAUUUUCUGGAUUUUUGACCUCAGACCUCUACAUGCUUUGUAAGUAGGAAAACCUGCAAAAUAGGCAGUGUAUCAAAUACUUGUUCUCCCCACUCUAUGAUGUACCAUAAAAGUACCACAGAAUAUAAAUAAAGUACAACAGCAUCUUUUAGCGACCUGAGAAUUUUCCAUUCUCCAUUGGUAGGAAACGGGGUAAAUGUUUUUAUAGGUCUGAUUUCUAAUUGAAAUCUGUUUUGUAGGAGAGGAAGAUGGAAUCAUGAACCUCUUCCUAAAGGUUGUGAUCCUUGGUGUUGUAACUGCUGUUCUAUUGACAAUCAUCCUCAUCCUGGUCCUCAAGGUCAGACGAGAUGCAGACAGACUAAUCACAGUUAUGGAGCCCAUGUCAAAUGGGGCUGGCUAUUAACUACACUUACAUAGAGAAAAUGUUUCCCAUGACAUAGUGCAGGGAUAGGCAACUCUGGUUUAUUGUGCGCACUACAAUGGAAUGAUCAGUUUAUAUUCUCUCAUCUCUGUACUAUAUCAUAUUCAGGACCUGACUCGCAACGACAGCCACAAAAUGAUCAGGUAAAUGAUCAUUCAGAAACAGUGUAAAUUAUAAUUGUGUGUUUCCAAAUGUACAGAACCAAGAUCCUAAUGCACUGAAUUAUGCCGCCCUGAAUUUCACCUCCAAGAUAAAGAAGAGGGAGAGAAGAAGAGAGGAGCUGGACCCCCAUGUAGUGUAUGCUGCUACAAGAUGA